AGUCACAAAAUCGAACCUGUGCGAUGCAGGUCCCUUUUGUGGAAUUCGUAUGUGGUAAUUUGGAUCCUAGUCCAUGGCACGAUGGAGUUGUUGGUGUUUGCUGGUUUGAAGUAUACGUUUAUAUCCCUUUGACUUUAUUGUGUACAAUCAUCUCAUUCAUUUAUUGCUUUGUCAUGUGGCGGCACUUAGCAUUUGACAGUUUUUAUUGUUCAGUCUUCUAUUUUCGAGUGGCCAUAGAUAUAACAAUCGUUACCAGCAGUGGUGUGAUUAUCGUUCUCGGGUUUCUUCUUCCAUACUACGAGGAGGGGUUUUCUAUUAACUCUCGUUUUUUUGCAAUUCACAGUUUCAUAACAGUAAUACUCUGGAUUACAACACUAAUCCUUGAUUAUCUCCAUGGUAAAGCCCUCAAAUAUUCUUCAAGGGGUUCUGGGAUUCAUCUUUCGUUUUCAAUAAUAUACUUUUUUUGCUUAGCUAUAAACUGCUGGUCUUUUCGUAGAGAAGUGGAUGCGCUAUGGAGACCAUAUGUUAUUGUUAAUUGCUAUAUUCAAUUACUCCUGUUAUGUCUGCAUUUACUUUCCAAGGUCCCAGUGUUCUACCCCUCGGAAGAGCCUAGGCGCAGAAGGGCUAGGAUCUUAAGACAAAAUUCCAAUAGCAUCCUGUUGUCUACAAGUUAUCAGUCAAAUGAAAUUACACAGAGACCCACUUCGCAAAAUGUUAAUGACCGUGAAGAUUCGGCUUCAUGGUUUUCAAAGUUAUGUUUUUGUUGGGUUAAUAAUCUAGUGCGUAGUGGUUAUUACGGAGAAUUGUAUUCACUCACAAAUCUACCUUUGGUCCCUAAACGUCUGAAUACAUACACUUUGGAGUCAAAAGUCCCUAAAUUAAAGUUGAAAUCUGUAACUAUUGAUGAAACGAUUAGACAAAGUCACGAUAUUUCUAACAAAGGGUGUUCUAUCAAAGCUUGUGUUCCAUUUUUAAAAGCAUGUUAUGAAGCAUUCGGUCGUGAAUUCCUGUAUCUCGGUUUGCUCAAACUUUUACUUAGUGGCUUCGGUUUAUGUGGUCCAGUAGUUUUAAAUCAUUUCAUUCUAAACGUGACAAACUCCGAAACUCCCUCAUGGUCUUGCAUUCUUGUUGGGUUCGGAUUAGUUUUUUUGUCAUUGAAGAUAGCAGUUUUGAGCACAUCUUACAAUUACAAAAUGGCAAGUUUCGGCUUCAAAGUUAGAGUCAGUGUAACUGGGAUGGUUUACAGGAAAAUUUUAUCCCUUAAAACUUCGUCACUUAAUUGUGUUGGAACAGGAUGUUUGGUUAAUUAUCUGACCUCUGAUGCUGACAGAAUAGUCAAUUUCGCACCUAGUAUUCACGAAGUGUGGGCAAUGCCUCUGCAGUUAUCUGUUGCAGUCGGACUACUUUACCACCAACUCGGGCUUGCCUGUUUAGUAGGCAUUGGGUUUCUACUUGUGUUACUUCCUCUGAAUCGUAUUCUAGCAACAAAAAUCGGGAAGUUUAGUCGCCGUCUGAUGAUGUUUAAGGAUACACGGAUUAAGGUGAGUGUUUCAACUUCUCAUGUGUCCUAACUGUACUCGUUUUCUAUAUUGCUUUGAAGUGAUCGGUCAACCCGAAGCAAUUGAGGCUGUCUAAAUAUCAGUUACCUGCUUUCUGUUGCGAGCUUACUGUAUAAUUAUAAACACCAAUUAAUAAUUCACGAUUACAAAUAGCUUUUUCAGUUAUUUCGUACUUGUUUCCUUAAAACCCCCUAGUUUCUGUUCUGUAUAAAACCCCGGUUGCCUUAAAAUUUGUCUUCUGUUGGGGAGAUAAGUUGUAAGUUCACUUGAAAAAGGAUUUUAAAUUGUUCCUUUUUACCAAAUUUUACCAUAAUAUAAAAAUAGUAAUGUCUUGAAAUGUUUCUACCCUAUGGAUUACCGCUUCUUUUGACUAAGAUGUUCAGAUAUAGUUCACUACUAGUUAGCAACGUAUCUAGGUAACACCAAAUAACUUUUUUUAUCUUUGGAAAACAUAUUCAAGGUAACAUUUUUGUAUUCUCGCGACAUCUUUACUUGUCAAUAAAAUAUGACUAAAAGUCAUAGAGGGCUUCGAUUUUCUGUCUUGUUGUUCCUAAUCUCGUUAUUCAUGUAACUUGUCAUCACUAAUCGUUUAUCUUAAAAUCGGUCAAUGAUGCUUCCAUGAUCGCGACUAAUCUUUUCUGUUAAAAAGGACUAAACCACCAAGUAACGCACUUGUGUUGCAAUGAGUAAUGUUGUGAUUAGAUUCAAAAAAGUAUCACAUAGGAUGUUUUUCCAUGUCUUCCUGAGAUUAAAAAACAAUUUGUAGGUAAACAUGCACUUUGUUCAAAUAUGUCAAACUUUUAUCCCAUAAACAAGGUCUUCCAAAAUUACUUUGUGUUCUCCCCAAUGGAAAACUUAAGCAGUCAUUUACCUAAACAAUUUCUCUAAACGAUUAGCAUCCCUGAUUUGGUAAUAUUAAGUUCGUUUACUUGAUUAUUUUCAGUGUAUUGACCAAACUGAGCAUAUUUCUGCAUGAUAAAUAUUAACCCUGUGUAUGCUCUCCCUUGAAGGUGUAAACUGUGUAGUUAACCCAUACAUUUCUGUGUGAAAAUCUUUAGUUAUAAAUUCAAUCAGUAAAGCUGAUGCUCAUGUAUAAAAAUUUAUAUGCAAAAUUUCUCAAUUCUCAUUUUAGAAAUUUUCUUGUGAUAUAAUUUUGAUACUAAAUCUUACUUUGGUAAUAAACAUUAUGAUUGCUUUCUUUUCGAAAAUUUAGUUGAUGUCUGAAAUUCUAUCAAAUACGCUUUCAGUGAAACUAGCAUGUUGGGAGAAUUUAAUGAAAAAUCGUGUCAUGCAUUCUCGCAUUCAGGAGUUGAACGCUCUACGUGGUCAAAAGUUGUUGGACGCUUGUUGUGUAUUCUUUUGGGCUGUCUGUCCUGCAUUGUUAGCCAGUUCAACAUUCGCAACUUAUGUGGCUAUCGGUAACGAAUUAAAAGCUUCUGCGGUAUUUUCUAGUCUUGCAUUAUUUGGAAUGUUGAUUGGUCCGAUGAAUGCUUUUCCUUGGGUUAUUAAUGGUGUUAUGGAAGCAACUAUUUCCAUGCAACGUAUUACAAAACUCUUCUAUUUAUCAUCUGGUUCAUUUUCAUUAGAAUUAACUGAUACACCGCUCUCUGAUGUUGGAAUUCCAACAGAUAUUCCGAUUGUUUGUUCUUUUGCCGAAAAAUCUACUAUCAGCAUGCCAGUAAACAUUAUGAAUGAAUCAUUCUAUUAUACUAACUGCGAUAAUUUAGUUUUAAAAAAUAUCACUCUCCAGGUGCAGUGGGGACAAUUAAUCGGUGUAAUUGGACCAGUUGGUUCCGGGAAAUCAUCUUUACUUCUAAGUAUAUUGGGUGAACUACAAUCGGUUGUUUCAGAAGACGAACUUAGAAAUGAAAGUAUGAAAACGAAUCCACGACUUCGAUAUGCUUAUGUGGGACAAACUCCUUGGCUUCAUUCUGGAACUAUACGCGAAAAUAUUUUAUUUGGCUCAGAUUGUGAUUUAGCAUGGAUGAACACUGUCAUUGAAGCGUGUGCCUUAAAAGUUGAUCUGGGUAAACUUCCGAAUGGUUUAGACACAGAUGUUGGUGAAGCUGGCGGAAACAGUCUUAGUGGAGGUCAACGGGCUCGUGUUGCUCUUGCUCGAGCUGUUUAUCAAAAGGCCGAUGUUUAUCUUUUAGAUGACCCAUUAUCUGCACUUGAUGUUGAUGUUGGUCAACAGAUUAUCACCAAUUGUUUACUUGGUCUUUUAUCAGGAAGAACUAGAAUUAUCGUCACACACCAGUUGGAUUGGUUAAUGAACACUAAAAUUGUAAAUAAACGUGCUCAAGUGGAUUUUAUUGUUGAAUUAAAAGAUGGAAUAAUUACUCGAAAAAUUCCAGGUAAUCUUUACCCUGACAAUGAUGAUAACGAUCAUAUGUAUCAACCCGUUCUUGACAUCAACAGCAGUCCUCCUUAUAAUGAAUCCACAUUAUCCAGUGAUAAUCAUCAUGACAGUAGUGAAAACAAUAAUAAUUCGACGUUGGAAAAUGAUGAUGUUCCGUUAAUUACUAUUAAAGAAUACAGCAGUGUCAAUCAAUCCGAAUUCAGUCCGAAUUGUGUAAUCAAUAAUAAUAACAAUAACAAUGUGAAUAUAAAUAUGGAACAUAUGGCAGUCGGUUCCAUUAGUCCCUAUGUCUACAAAUCGUAUAUUCAUUCUGUUGGCUACUUUUUAACAUUCUCCAUUAUUUUGUCUUUAUUGUUAAUGCAAGGUACUCGAAAUGCAUCUGAUUGGUGGUUAUCAUACUGGGUACAAAAUGGGAAUUUAUCUGCAGUAGUUUCAUCAUUUCAAGACUCACCUUACCAAAUGGAAUUAUUCCCAGAUAAUCAUACGAAAAAUAAAUAUAUUCACUCAACUCAUAAUUUAUCAUCAAUUAAUUACAAUUCAUCCAUUAAUGAAUUGCUUCAAACGAGCAUACAUUCUGCUGUACGGUUUGGUGAGCCUAAUUCUAUCACUGGAUAUUAUUACUUAGAGAUCUAUGCAUUUGUAGUGAUAAGUAAUCUGAUUGCUACAAUAUUUCGUGCUGUUUUAUUUGCUUUCGGCGGUCUAGUCGCUGCAUCUGUUGUUCAUGAAUCUGCUUUGGACACAAUUUUGGAGGGACGACAGAAUUACUUUAAUACUACACCGCAAGGUCGUAUUCUGAAUCGUUUCUCAUCUGACGUUGGUACAGUAGAUGACGCAUUACCAUUCCAAUUAAAUAUUCUACUAGCCAGUUUAGCUGGAUUAUUGGGUGCAUUAGUUAUUGUUUGUGUAUCACUACCAACGUUAAUCUUCUUUCUGCUACCUCUUGUAUUCAUUUUCUGGUCUAUUCAAAGGCAAUAUCGUGGAGCUGCUAGAGAUCUAAAGCGAAUUUCUAGUAUUGUUCGUUCACCUGUUUAUGGUCAUUAUACUGAUACUUUAUCUGGAUUAGCAGUAAUACAUGGUUUAGGUCAAGAAAUCCGUUUUCGACAAUUAACCGCUUGUAAAUUAUCUGAUCAAAUACGUGCUGAAUUAGCUAGCUUGGCUGCUAGUUGUUGGUUAAGUAUAAGACUACAAUUAAUUGGCAGUGCUGUGAUUACUGGUGUGGUCAGUGUAUCAUUAAUUGGUCGAUUAUUUGACUGGACACAUAUAGCUUCUAUUGGUUUGUCGGUUGUGUAUGCACUUAAUAUUUCCGGUUUAAUGACUAGUGUUGUGUAUGAUAUGACUGAAACAGAGAAAAAUCUUGUAGCUGUAGAACGUUGUCAAGAAUUAACUGAUGAUACUCCAAUUGAACAUGAUAUUGUUUCAAUUAAACCCGUGGGGCCUCAACCUCGUUCCUCGUCACACAGUCACCUUCGUUUGCCGAAAGAGAGGAAAAGUGGUAUUGCUUAUCCUACAGGACUACUGCCUAACUGGCCAGCAUCUGGAUCCAUUUUUUUCAACAAUGUUUCGCUUACCUAUCGUCAAAACUCCCAGUCAGCUAAUGAACAAUCUGUCAAAGCUCUUGAUGAUGUCAGUUUUACUGUUAAACCCGGUGAAUGUGUAGGAAUUGUUGGCCGUACAGGAUCUGGUAAAAGUAGUCUCAUCAAAGUCUUAUUACGUCUGGUUGACCACCUCCCUGGACCGUAUACAAACCAACAUAUAGCCAAUCAGACGGGAUUUAUAGGUGCCACCGGUCAAGUGUUUGUCGAUGGAAUAGAUGUUCGCACUAUUCCUCUCACCUUACUUCGUUCUCGGAUUCUAACUAUUUGUCAGGAACCAUUUCUCUUCUCUGGGUGCUUACGAGACAAUCUAGAUCCUGAAAAUAAGCUAAAUGAUUCUGUAUUGGAAGACGUUUUAUUGAAAUGUCAACUGGCUACAAGUCGUUUACAAGCCUCUCAGUGGUUACUUCGUGAAGUUGGUGAAUCAGGACGAGACAUAUCUGCCGGGCAAAGGCAAUUGAUUUGUUUAGCUCGAGCUUUACUUCGUCAACCUAGGCCAAAAAUUAUUUGUUUAGAUGAAGCCACUGCUUCAGUGGACAACAAAUGUGAAGAAACUAUUCAUCAAGUCCUUGACCAAGAAUUUCAAGGAGCCACAAUAUUGCUCAUAGCCCAUCGACUUGCUUCAGUUCGUCGUUUAUGCUCACGUGUUAUAGUCAUGCAGUCUGGACGAUUGGUUGCAGAAGGUCCACCAAAAGAAAUUUUAGAUGCCUUAUUCAAUCAUAUUGAAACCAGAGAUCUGGUCACAUUAUAAACAGUGACAUUAAUUUAUAGAUCUGAUCUGUUAACUAACUAAAUUAUGCAUUAUUGUUUUACUAUUUUUAAUAAUAUGUAUUUGAUUUCUUUCUGAUU